AACUCGCUCCAUUUCAUUUUAGACGGGUUGAUAACAGGGCGGGUUGUCCUAUUGUGCCCUCCAAAUAAUGUCAGGCUGAAUUGGUAGCCAUGAUGUUUAUCUUCCUUCCACAUAUAUUUUGCUAUUAUUAAGAAUGAAUAAAAUUACAAGUAGCAUUUUACAUAAGAAAUUAGAAAUUCAGAAAAACUAUAACAAACUGCCAAAGUUUUUGUUCAGGACAAAAACGUAACGUGUGUGGUCUUUAAGAAAUUCAGAACGACCCAUCAUUAUUUUUUACGUAGUUAUAUACGAGAAAGAAACCAAACAAGCUCAAAAAACAAACAUGGAAAGUGGUGUUGGAACAAUGAACCAUGAAUGCAAAGCAACUUCAACUAUCACAAUUAAGGGUAUUUUGAGUCUUUUAAUGGAAAGUGUUGGUGAGAAUAAUGAUGAUAACAGCAAGAGAGUUAUUUCUCUUGGAAUGGGUGACCCUACUCUUUCCACAUGCUUCCCUAAUGCUAAGGUUGCUGAAGAAGCUGUUGCUGAUGCACUUUGCUCUGGAAACUUUCAUGGUUAUGCUCCUACUGCUGGUCUUCUCCAGGCUAGAAAUGCAAUUGCCAAAUAUCUGUCUGAUGACCUCCCUUAUGAACUAUCGUCUGAUGAUGUUUUUAUAACCUGUGGAUGCACACAAGCAAUUGAUGUUUCAGUGGCGUUGCUUUCUCGCCCUGGUGCAAAUAUCUUGCUUCCUAGACCAGGCUUUCCAAUUUAUGAACUUUGUGCUGCAUUUAGACAAGUUGAAGUGAGGCAUUAUGAUCUGUUACCAGAAAAAGGCUGGGAGGUUGAUUUAGAUGCUAUCGAAACCCUCGUGGAUCAGAACACGGUCGCGUUAGUGAUUAUAAACCCUGGGAAUCCUUGUGGAAAUGUAUACACUUACCAUCAUUUGGAGAAGAUUGCAGAAACCGCAAAAAGGCUUGGAACAAUUGUGAUUGCCGAUGAAGUUUAUGGUCACCUUGCAUUUGGGGAUAAUCCUUUUGUGCCUAUGGGAGUUUUUGGCUCUACUGUUCCUGUUAUAACUCUUGGGUCCUUGUCUAAGAGAUGGAUAGUACCUGGAUGGAGGCUUGGUUGGUUUGUGACAAAUGAUCCAUCUGGUACUUUUAGAAAACCAAAGGUAGUUGAGCGCAUCAAAAAGUAUUUUGAUCUAUUAGGAGGCCCGGCUACCUUUAUCCAGGCGGCAGUUCCUCGCAUAAUUACACAGACAGAAGAGGUUUUCUUCAGAAAAACCAUUGACAAAUUGAGGCAUACCGCAGAUAUAUGUUGCCAAGAGAUGGAAGACAUUCCAUGCAUUUCAUUCCCUUGCAAACCACAAGGGUCCAUGGCUAUGAUGGUGGAACUAAACCUUUCACUUCUUGAAGAUAUUAGCGAUGAUAUUGAUUUCUGUUUCAAACUUGCAAAGGAGGAAUCUGUUAUCAUUCUUCCAGGAACUGCGGUAGGAUUAAAAGAUUGGAUUCGUAUUACUUUUGCAGCCGAUCCAUCUGCUCUCAGAGAUGGUAUGCAAAGGAUAAAGUCAUUCUCUCAAAGACACGCGAGAAAACAGUAAAAUCGAACAAUGGUGAAUAAACAAAUUAGGUGUCUGCAAAGCAUGUAUUAUAUUUCCUUGGACACUUUCUCAUGCUAAAGGUUGCAUUCAUUUUACUACACUACACAACAAUAAUGGAAGAUUUACUUGUAUUUCAAUACUGCAUACAGUCUCAAUAGAAAUAAAUUGUUUAAUUUCAUUAAA